ACGAGGGUAUUUGGUGCCCGGGAGUCGAGAAACAUGGCGCGGCCGGAGCCGUCCUGGCGCCGGCUGAACCCGCACCUGGAGCGCGACGUGCGGGAGCUCGUGCGCCACGUGGCGGGCCUCCGGGACGAUGCGGACCCCAACUUCCAGCUCUGCCUGCACUUCGCCUGGUCCAACUUCAGAUUUCAUCGUUUCUUGGAUGUCAACAGUCACAAAGUAGAAAAGACAGUAGAAGGAAUUUAUGAAAAAUUCAUCAUUCAUUCUGAUCUCGGUAAAGCUGCCAGUUGGAAGAGAUUAACUGAGGAAUUUCUAAAUGCAUCGCUCCCGAACAUACAGGAAAUAAAGACGGAUGUGCAUUAUUCCAUACUGUCACUUCUCCUAUGUCUUUCUGACUCUCCUUCAAACAGCAAUUACGUGGAAAUACCAAGAGAUAAAGAAGUGGAAAAGAAAGAUGAUUUUGACUGGGGGAAAUACUUGAUGGAAGGUGAAGAAAUUGACCUUAGUCCGAAUAUAGACACACCGAAUUGGUCUGAAGAGAGCGAGGAUGAAGAUGAUCCUCAGCCCUGGAGCAGAGAGGACUCUGGGAUUCAGGUGGAUAGGACACCAUUAGAGGAACAAGAUCACAACAGAAACCCGGGGCCAUGUGUUAGCUGGAAAGUGGACGGGCCCGAUGCCCGAAGCUGGCUGGAGCAGCAUGUGGUGUAUCAGUACUGGACAGCUCAGUCCUCGAGGUUUCCUCAUAGUUUGCAUUUGCACUCCAAUUUAGCUGCUGUCUGGGACCAGCACUUGUACAGCAGUGACCCGUUGUAUGUUCCAGAGGACAGAGUUUUUGUUACUGAGACACAGGUCAUUCGGGAAACCCUGUGGUUACUUUCAGGGGUCAAAAAGCUCUUUAUAUUUCAGUUGAUAGAUGGGAAGGUAACUGUGAGAAACAAUAUAAUAGUGACCCAUUUGACACAUAGCUGUUUGCGGUCAGUGCUGGAGCAGAUAGCAGCGUAUGGCCAGGCUGUGUUCCGACUCCAGGAGUUCAUCGAUGACGUCAUGGGGCAUAGCUCCGAGCACACGCUUCCUGGGAAUGGACCCGUCCUUAAGAAGCUGACAGAAGCUCCCUUCCGGACUUACCAGGCUUUCAUGUGGGCCCUAUACAAAUACUUUAUUACUUUCAAAGAAGAACUUACAGAAAUUGAGAAGUGUAUCAUCAAUAACGAUACGACAAUAACUCUUGCCAUAGUAGUGGACAAGUUGUCACCUCGACUGGCUCAGCUGAAGGUUCUGCACAAAGUCUUUAGCACUGGGAUAGCAGAAGUCCCACCAGACACUCGGAAUGUCGUGCGGGCAUCUCACCUGCUUAACACCCUGUACAAGGCCAUUCUUGAAUAUGACGAUGUUGGAGAAGCCUCUGAGCAAACCGUCUCACUGCUCUUCUCUCUCUGGGUGGAAACCGUGAGGCCGUACCUGCAGAUUGUGGACGAGUGGAUUGUGCACGGCCACCUGUGUGACUGCGCCCGGGAAUUCAUCAUCCAGAGAAAUAAAAAUGUUCCAGUAAAUCACAGAGACUUUUGGUAUGCAACAUACACACUGUACAGUAUAUCAGAAAAGACAGAAAAUGAAGAAAAAAUGAGUGAUAAUGCCAGUGCAAGUUCUGGCAGUGACCAAGGGCCCUCCAGCCGACAGCACACCAUGGUGUCCUUCCUCAGACCCGUCCUGAAGCAGAUCAUCAUGGCUGGCAAGUCCAUGCAGCUGCUUAAACACCUGCAGGUUGGGGACAGCACCAUGUGCCAGGCCACGGCCAGAGAUGCAGGAAGAAAAGGCUUGUAUAGCCUCUUUCUGGAAUCUGUGCAGUCACGCCUUCGACAUGGAGAAGAAGCGCGUACACAGCCCCUCACCAAGCAGCAGGCAGCCCGAGGGACCCUCAUUAGGAUGCAGUCCAUUGCGGAGAGACACCUGGAGCUGGACGAUGCUCACGACCCCCUGCUGGCAGUCAACUUUGCCAGGUUGUAUUUGGAACAGAGUGACUUUCACGAGAAGUUUGCUGGUGGAGAGGUGUGUAUGGCUAGAUCAUCGGAAUCUGUGACGUGCCAGACGUUUGAGUUAACGCUGAGAUCUUGCCUCUACCCCCAUAUUGACAAGCAGUAUCUAGAUUGCUGUGGAGACCUCAUGCAAACACUGAAAACAGAUUACAGGUUGGUGGAGUACUUGCAGGCCAUGAGGAAUUUUUUUUUAAUGGAGGGUGGAGAUACCAUGUAUGACUUCUACACAUCAAUUUUUGACAAAAUAAGAGAAAAGGAAACCUGGCAAAAUGUGUCUUUUCUUAACGUCCAGCUCCAAGAAGCAGUAGGACAGCGUUAUCCUGAAGACAGCUCACGUCUGUCUAUAUCUUUUGAAAAUGUGGACACAACUAAGAAGAAACUCCCCGUUAACAUUUUAGACGGCCUGACUCUGAGCUAUAAGGUCCCAUGGCCUGUGGACAUUGUUAUAAGUUCAGAAUGUCAAAAAAUUUAUAAUCAGGUGUUCCUUCUCUUACUGCAAAUAAAAUGGGCAAAAUACAGUCUGGAUGUUUUACUAUUUGGUGAACUAGCUGGACAGCCACCACUGCAGGACGGGCUUUUGUGUGGACAGGAAAUGGCUGCCCAGUUUGGACCACAGAAGAAACCAGUGAGGCAGCAGAUUCAUCGCAUGUUCCUCUUGCGCGUGAAGCUUAUGCACUUUGUAAACAGCUUACACAACUACAUCAUGACCAGGAUUCUUCACAGUACAGGGUUGGAAUUUCAACAUCAAAUCGAGGAAGCCAAGGAUUUAGAUCAAUUGAUUAAAAUUCACUAUAGAUAUUUGUCAACCAUCCAUGAUCGAUGUCUGCUGAGAGAAAAGGUCAGCUUUGUGAAGGAAGCCAUCAUGAAGGUGUUGAACUUGGCGCUCAUGUUUGCAGAUGGCUGGCAGGCCGGCCUUGGGGCGUGGCAGAUGGAAUCUAUAGAGAAAAUGGAGUCUGAUUUUAAAAACUGCCAUAUGUUUCUUGUCACUAUUUUAAACAAAGCCGUCUGUAGGGGGUCCUUUCCGCAUCUGGAGUCUCUAGCACUGUCCCUCAUGGCUGGCAUGGAGCAAAGUUAAAUACCUUCAUGUGAUAAAUACCUCGGACUUCGUCUCCAUCACAUGCAGCUGAGAAAUAAGAAUCAUUUGUUUUUGUCUCUUUAAAAAACUCUUCUCUGCUGUCCAUCCAAGUGGGUUUGUAGGUGUUUUCGCUGAAGCUUAUUGGGUAGUGUAUAGGGUUAUCUGUAUAAAAUUGUAUCAAUAGUGCAAAGUGUACAUAGGCUAUUUACACCUAUAUUUCCUACUGUAAGCGAUAGAUUUAUGGCAUUGUUACCUUUAGAUGUGAAUGAUAUUUUUGAAAAUGUAAUUGUUAAUA